AUGUCAUGGAUAGCAUGGGAGAAACUGCAUUUUUCUAAGAAUGAAGGAGGUCUAGGAGUUCGUGAUUUUCAAGCUUUUAAUAAAGCUUUGCUUGCUAAACAAGCCUGGAGAGUGUUUACUAAUGCUCAAUUUCUCAUGUCAAAAGUCCUUGAAGGAAAGUAUUUUCCGUCGAUAAAUUUUCUAGAGGCUCGGUUAAAUUAUAAUGCUAGUUUCACAUGGAAAUCGAUCUGUGCAGCGAGAAAUUUGGUGUUAAAGAGAGCUCGUAAAGUAGUAGGGAGUGGGGGUAGUAUCAAUAUAUGGAAAGACCCAUGGGUGUCGGGUCUUCCAAAUUUUAAGGUGUGGUCUAGAAGGGAAGUGGAUUCAGAGGACUCUCUACAAAUUGUAUAUGAACUGAUCGAGUCUGGGAUAUGGAAAAGGGAGAUUGUUGAUGCUCUCUUCGCUGAGCAGGAGGCAAGUGCUAUUAAAAAUAUCCCCCUGCCAGCUCAUAGUUGCGAGGAUGUGUGGAUGUGGCAUCAUACCAAAUUAGGCUUCUUUUUAGUUAAAUCUGCCUAUUACAUAGAGUUAAAGGAUAGCAGAGCUCCGGUGGUUUCAUCAUCUGAGAAUCGGUUAGGGAUUGUGUGGCGCAAGAAGAGGAAUGCAGGUGGAUCAUUUGUGUCCUCUAGUGGGGAGGCAAAAGAGAGUAUGGAACAUAUGCUGCUACAUUGCGAUGAGAGUAAGAGAAUCUGGUACUACUCCUCAUUGCGGAUUGUUACUAACCAAGUGAGACAUUAUAAGUUUGCUGAUUGGAUGGUGAUGCUGGUUAAUCGAGUAAAAGAUAAAGCUUGGUGGAAUUAUUUUUGGUGCUUAUGUUGGAUGAUUUGGAAGCGCCGCAAUGUAUGGUUAUUUGAUAAGAGGAAAAUGGAGUUGAGGGAGAUAAUUGAUAGUGCUAUGAGCUGGGCUAGAGAGUAUGAAUGCGCUGUUGGGAAAAGGAAGGGGAAAGGGAAUGUGUGUUCCUCUCCGGAAAGAUGGGUUCCACUUAAGAGUGGUGUGUAUAAGCUAAAUGUUGGUGCUGCUAUCUUAGAGAGGUUUGGGGUGGGGUUAGGUGGAGUGGCGAGGGAUGUAGAGGGAGAUGUAAUGGCUGCAACCUACAAGUUCAUUCAAGGCUCUUAUGAAGUUGAUGUGGCUGAGGCCAUGAGUGCUAGGCAUGCAUUGAAGGUAGCUGUUGAGAAAAGAAAGAGUGAACCCUCUGUGUUUGGACGUAUUGCUGCUGAUAUUUUAGCUAUUUCUGAUUAUUGUACUUCUAUUUCCUUUUCCCAUGUUAGAAGGAAAGGUAAUAUUGUUGCUCAUAAGCUAGCAAACUUAAGUAGAUCUUUUGAUACUAUGAGGUUCUGGCUUGAAGAAGUGCCAGCUAAGGUUUCUAGCUUUGUACUCUCUGAUAUUCUUUUAUGA